CCCAAGUGAGGAAGAUGGCAACGCCAGUAUGCAUGGUCCAUCUUUUGGAUUAUUAAUUAAUUCAUAUUUUUAUUAGGGUCAUAGUCCACAGAUCCAAAGAUAUAUAUCCAUGACUGUGACGAAGUGAAAGUGAUCAGUUUAAUAUUUCUAUAAGACAUACCGCGGUACUCAUAGGCUACACAACAGGAUCCUAACGUUAAAAACAUGUUUCCAAGAGAGUUUGCGUGGGGAGCGGCAACUGCUGCGUAUCAGAUAGAAGGAGGCUGGCAGGCAGACGGCAAGGGACCAAGUAUCUGGGACACAUUUUGUCAUGAGAAAGGCAGAGUGUUUGAAGAGCACAAUGGAGACGUGGCCUGUAACAGCUACGAGCUGUGGGACACGGACCUGGAGUGCAUCCAGCAGCUUGGACUGACGCACUAUCGUCUGUCUAUCUCCUGGGCCCGCCUCCUGCCUGAUGGGACCACAUCACAUGUCAAUCAAAAAGGUGUACAGUACUACAACAAGGUGAUUGAUGAUUUGCUGGCCUGCAAUGUAUCACCAAUGGUCACCCUUUACCACUUCGACUUGCCUCAAGCUCUCCAAGACCAGGGUGGCUGGAAAUCACCAGAUAUAGCGACCCUGUUUGACAGCUAUGCCAAGUUUUGUUUCCAGACAUUUGGUGACCGCGUCAAGCUUUGGAUCACUAUCAACGAGCCCUAUGUGUGCGCCAAAUUUGGCCAUGAAAAUGGCAUCCACGCCCCGGGGUUAAAAGAACCAGGCAUUGCUGCCUACCUGGUAGGCCAUAACAUGCUGCGUGCCCACGCCAUGGCCUGGCACAGCUACGACUCCUUCUACAGGACAAAGCAGAAGGGUGCAGUGUCUCUGGCCAUCAACAGCGACUGGCUUGAGCCGUUACACGCAGGUUGCACCGAGGAUGUCGCUGCCACCGAACGCUGCUUUGCAUUUACACUAGGGUGGUUUACCUGGCCUGUGUUUGUAACUGGAGAUUAUCCAGAAUUAAUGAGAUCUGCCAUCGACGCUCAAAGUAAGAAGACGGGAUGGAGUGGCAGCUCAAGACUGCCCAGUUUCUCAAAAGACGAACCUGCCGUUUUGGGCACAGCAGACUUCUUCGCAUUGAACUACUAUACAUCUCGUAAAGUCAAGCCUGGGGUCGGUUGUGGAAAGAUGUGUAUGGAGAGCGACCGAGACGCAGGAGAAGUUCUGGAUCCAUCUUGGCCUAUUAGUGGUGUGUCAUGGCUCGCUGUAGUGCCCCAUGGCUUAAGGAAACUCCUCAAGUACAUCAAGGACACUUUCAACGACCCCGCAGUCUACAUUACAGAGAAUGGCUUCUGUCAGGUGGGGCCGCUGCGGAUUGAGGACGUCCAGCGCUCGGGGUUCUACAAGGACACCAUCUUGGAAGUAGCUAAAGCGAUGCAGGAAGAUCAGGUCAACGUCCGUGGAUAUUUCGCAUGGUCGCUGUUGGACAACUUUGAAUGGGCUGAUGGAUUCAGUGUUCGUUUUGGAUUGUUCCAUGUGGACUUUGCCGACGCAAAGCGAAGCCGAACCAUGUACCAGUCUGGACGGGAGUACGCAAAGAUUAUCUCUAAAUACAAAUCUGGUCAAUCCGAGUGAGAAGACAGAAUAAUAAUAUCAUCAUUCACUUCAUACGUUGUUAAUAACAACGAGCGCUUUUUGCAUAGUUGCUAUUGUCUGUCUCACACAUUCAUACAAAUGAGAUGAGUCUCUCCAUUUAAACUAAUCAACCAGGCUAUAUCUAGCUUUAGAUCCAAAAUUUAUAGCAGCGCUUUUGUCUCAUGUU